CAUCCUUCAGUUUGAUAACCUCAUUACACAGUCCUCACUUUGGCUUGCAGCCUCUUAGGUGCGAAAGGCGGGGAAAACAGAGCACUCUCCUCCGAAAUGCACCUGCAUAGUUCGUGGGUACGCUCCUACCUGGCAGAUCGCCCUCCGAUGCAAUUAACCCAGGAAGACGAGUUUGUGCAGGACCUCACGCCGACCACCGCAGCAGCCCUCCAGUCGGACAGAAGCGCCGGAUCUCCGGCCAAAAUGUGCAGCGAGUGCUACGUGAAUCAGUCAUUUGUGAACGACGAUGGGACCGUGAGCGCCCAUAAGCAACGCUCUUCCCCUGCUCCACUUACAACUAACACCAGCCACAGCAGUGGAGUUGUCCUAGACAUCUCCUCGCUGAAGAUGGAGCAGAUGGAGAGCGAAGUGCCUCCGCUGCCGCCCCGCUUCCGCUUUAGAGACCUGCUGCUGGGAGACCAGAACUUCCAGAACGAUGACAGGGUGCAGGUGGAGUUUUAUGUGAAUGAAAACACCUUCAAGGAGCGUCUGAAGCUUUUUUUCAUCAAAAACCAAAGAUCAAGCCUCCGGAUUCGUGUGUUCAACUUCUGCCUGAAGCUGCUAACAUGUCUGCUGUACAUCAUCAGAGUGAUGACGGACAGACCCGGUCAGGGCACAGGCGGCAACCACAGCUCAGUGCAGCAAAACGCUCCAAAUGGCAACAACAAAUGUGUCGACUGCCAGUGGAAUGGAUCAGUGCAGGACAGAGAAAUUAACUGGGACUUGAUCUUCUGGGUGGAGAGGAAAGCUCCGGUCUGGGCCAUUCAAGUGAUUGUGGCCAUAAUCAGUUUCCUGGAGACCAUGUUGCUUAUGUAUCUGAGCUACAAGGGGAACAUUUGGGAGCAGAUAUUUCAGAUUUCCUUUCUUCUGGAGAUGAUCAACACAGUUCCUUUCAUUAUUACAAUCUUCUGGCCUUCAAUAAAGGACCUCUUCAUUCCUGUGUUUCUCAACUGCUGGCUGGCUAAGUGUGCGCUAGAAAACAUGAUUAAUGAUGUCCACAGAGCGAUCCAGAGGACGAACUCGGCAAUGUUCAACCAGGUCAUCGUUCUCAUCUGCACCCUGCUGUGUCUCGUCUUCACUGGCACAUGUGGAAUCCAGCACCUGGAGCGAGCGGGUCAGAACCUCUCCCUCUUCAAUUCCUUCUACUUCUGCAUCGUCACCUUCUCCACCGUCGGCUUUGGAGAUGUGACUCCACGCAUCUGGCCUUCUCAGCUGCUGGUUGUCAUCAUGAUUUGCGUGGCUCUUGUGGUGCUUCCUCUCCAGUUUGAGGAGCUGAUCUACCUGUGGAUGGAGAGACAGAAGUCUGGAGGGAACUACAGCCGCCACAGAGCUCAGACAGAGAAGCAUGUAGUUUUAUGUGUCAGCUCUCUCAAAAUAGACCUGCUCAUGGACUUUCUCAAUGAAUUCUACGCACACCCCAGACUGCAGGACUACUAUGUGGUGAUCCUGUGCCCGAGUGAAAUGGACCUGCAGGUGCGAAGGGUGCUGCAGAUUCCCCUGUGGUCUCAGAGGGUCAUCUACCUGCAAGGGUCAGUCCUCAAAGACCAGGAUCUGCUCCGUGCAAAAAUGGACGACGCAGAGGCUUGUUUCAUUCUGAGCAGUCGCAAUGAGGUUGAUCGCAUGGCCGCGGACCACCAGACCAUCCUGAGAGCUUGGGCUGUGAAAGACUUUGCUCCAAACUGCCCUCUUUAUGUCCAGAUACUCAAACCUGAAAAUAAGUUUCAUGUCAAAUUUGCAGAUCAAGUUGUGUGUGAGGAGGAAUUCAAGUACGCCAUGUUGGCUCUCAACUGUGUGUGUCCUGCCACUUCCACCUUGGUCACGCUCCUAGUUCACACCUCCCGCGGACGAGAAGGACAGCAGUCUCCGGAGCAAUGGCAGAGGAUGUACGGAUGUUGCUCCGGCAACGAGGUCUACCACAUCCGACUGUGCGACAGCAAGUUCUUUGGAGAGUACAAUGGCAAAAGUUUCACGUACGCCUCCUUUCAUGCUCACAAAAAGUACGGCGUGUGUCUCAUCGGGAUAAAAAGGGAGGAGAACAAGAGCAUCCUGCUGAACCCUGGUCCACACCACAUCAUGGCUGCCACAGACACUUGCUACUACAUCAACAUCACCAAAGAGGAGAACUCCGCCUUCAUCUUCAACCAGGAGGAGAGGAAGGGCCGUCCUGCUGGAGGAAUCUACGACGGGCCCUCACAGCUUCCUGUGCACAGCAUCAUUGCAAGCAUGGGAACUGUCGCCAUAGAUCUUCAGAAUACAAGUCCACCCAAUAUUUCAGGGGGCAAACUGGUCCCGCCCACCGUGAACGGGACAGGCAGCCGCCGACCCAGUAUCGCACCGGUCCAAGAAAUCGCCGACUCUGCCGCGAUCCUGCCGUGUGACCUCCUGAGCGAUCAGUCAGAAGACGACACUGUUUUUACAGAUGAGAAGGGAAGCUCGUUCACUGAGUAUGUCAAAGGUUAUCCUCCCAACUCGCCGUACAUUGGGAGCUCGCCCACCUUAUGCCAUCUGUUGGCUGAAAAAGCACAAUUUUGCUGCCUACGACUAGACCAGGGCUGCAUGCACAACAGCUUUGAGGACGCAAAGGCUUACGGCUUCAAGAACAAGCUCAUCAUUGUGUCGGCUGAGACGGCGGGGAACGGUCUCUAUAACUUCAUAGUGCCUCUGAGAGCUUAUUACAGACCCAAGAAAGAGCUGAACCCCAUUGUCUUGCUGCUGGAUAACCCUCCUGAUAAUCACUUCCUGGAGGCCAUUUGUUGUUUCCCAAUGGUGUACUACAUGGGUGGGUCGAUAGACAAUCUGGACAGUCUGCUCCAGUGUGGUAUCAUCUAUGCUGAUAACUUAGUUGUGGUUGAUAAAGAGAGUACGAUGAGCGCAGAGGAAGACUACAUGGCAGAUGCCAAAACUAUUGUCAAUGUACAAACAAUGUUCAGGUUGUUUCCAAGUGUCAGUAUUAUCACUGAGCUCACACAUCCAUCCAACAUGAGGUUCAUGCAGUUUAGAGCGAAGGACUGCUAUUCGCUGGCUCUGUCCAAGCUGGAGAAGAAAGAGAGAGACAAAGGCUCCAACUUGGCCUUCAUGUUCCGCCUGCCCUUCGCUGCAGGCAGAGUGUUCAGCAUCAGCAUGUUGGACACCCUUCUCUAUCAGUCUUUCGUAAAGGACUACAUGAUUCUUAUUGCUAGACUGCUCUUGGGACUGGACACCACCCCUGGAUCAGGAUUCCUCUGUGCUAUGAAGAUAAAAGAGGAAGAUCUAUGGAUCGGCACCUACGGGAGACUGUUCCAAAAACUUUGCUCCUCCAGUGCUGAAAUUCCCAUCGGUAUCUAUCGCACAGAGUCUCACGUUUUCACCACUUCAGAGUCCCAGGUGUCCAUGAGCGUUGACGACUGCGAAGACACAAAAGACAGAGGGGAAGAGCCUCGCACCAACGAGCAGUCGGAUCACCCCCUGCUGAGGAAGAAGAGCAUGCAGUGGGCGCGGCGUCUCAGUAAGAAGAGCGUGAGGUGGCAGGGGGGAAGCCGGGACUCGAGUAAAGACCACGCCCAGCGCAUAGCCCAGCAGCGUCUCAACCUCUACAGACGCUCCGAGAGGGAAGAGCUGUCCGAGCUGGUCCGGAACCGCAUGAGGCAUCUGGGCCUCCCCACCUCAGGCUACGAUGAUCUGACGAAUCUGACAGCCAGUGAUGUCAUGAACAGAGUCAACUUGGGAUACCUACAAGAUGAACAGAAUGAAAACCAGAACACUUUGUCCUACGUCCUCAUUAACCCUUCACAUGAUACCAGGCUGGAGAUCAACGACAUUGUAUACUUGAUUCGUUCUGACCCUCUGGCUCAUGUUCCUGAGGUGCCUCCUGUCCACAGCAGUAGCCUGAAAGAAAGACACAAGUCCAGCAUAGACACCAAAGAGGACACCCCGCUCUGACGCAGCGCUGGCCUUUAACUGGACCAGCGCUGCCAACUGACAGAGCUAAAUCCCUGUCAGUUGGGAUUUAGCUCCCUGAGUGCUGAAGCCCACAAAUGUAUAAUGUGAGUGCCUACUGCCUGUCUGAUCACAUUGGAUAUCAUGUUUGCCAUUUUCAUCAUCUUGCUGCAAAUGCUGUACAUAUGAAUACUGCAUCGCUCUCUUUUCAGCUCUUUGAAUAUGCAGGGAUUUCACGGAGGCUUUUCCUAUUUGCUGUUGUGUUUGGUUAGAAUUAAAAUGAACUUCUUGGAUUUGUAUCUUCACUUUAACCUAACACUUCUAAGUUAAUUCAACUUAAAUCUGGUUUUUAUAUAUUUGGUAAUGAAGUUAGAGGCUUUAUUCCACUUUUUAAGUCUCUUUUCCGUUGUUGGAAACAAGGAGUACAACAGACGGAUGAUUAACUUUUCAGGUUUCACACAUCUGAACGUUUACAACUCUGCUAAAAUCAUGCAGCUACAAUCAAAAAGCCCCAAGUGACUUAAGCUAAAUGUGUGCAUUAAAGCUUUCAGACUCAUAUUUUAUAGAUAAAUCCUCGAGGUAUUCAUUAGUGCCACUAAGAUCUAAGUCAGUGGUUCAUGUGCAAAAUUACUCAAUUCAGCUCUAUAAACUGGUUGUUAAUAUUCAGCAUCCUACCAUACAGGUUUGUUUGAAUUUUUUUGGCUAUGCUUAGGUCUGGACUGGUUGUUGGUGUCAAAGUAUGCCAAAGGUUUAGAAAGUUACAGUUCCUAUAGUGCCAGAAAAACUAGAGAUUUGUAUGGAGACUCCAGAUGUAUGGAGUCUGUGGUGCGGAAAAGUUAUUUUAAGUUAAGAUUUAAUUUAUUUAAAAAAGCUAUCCAAGUCAAAUGUGAAAAAUAUCAAAAGAAAAGUGAUAUCAAACUUUUUUUACAGCUUGCAAUGAGUUCUUUCCGUCGCUGCUGAGGGAUUUCAUCCCACUCUUCUUUGCAGAAUUGUUUUAAUUCUGCCACAACAGUCAGAAACUAAUAAUUUUAUCCUUCCAGAUUUGAUGGUAGACAACAGAGCACAUGGUUUAUCAAUUGUGGCAAGACGCUGAGGUCGUCCGUCUGUCUCUGCAAUGCAAUGCUUGUCAGCUAGCUGAAUGAAGCUUCCAACUUUUCCUCCCCGCCUUUCAAGAGAGAAAAAUCCACCUAGAAGUCCUACAUAAAUGGCAUGUUAAGCAGCUGGUUACCUGAGCAGCUAGGCUGACUGAUUAGCCACCUAAUUUCAAAUUGUUGAGCAAAACUGGGGAGAAAAAGGUAAAAAGUAGUAAAAAGGUGUACUAUUCAGCACCAUUAGCACUUAAAAACUUUCAUUAACCUAACCUAUCACUUUCCUGAUGCCUUUGUACAUAUAUAAAAUUUAUAUAUAUGACUUACAACAUUAAUUUAUCUAUAACAACGUGCAUGUUAUAUUGUUUUAGUCAUAUCAGUGACACAGAUUAGCAUACAGUGAGAAUCUCAUACCGGUCCAUGCCUAUUUGUACCACAUCAGGAAUCAGAGAACGUCAUGUUGCUCUAUGAAGGCAUUGCUUAUUAAUUUUUGACUGUUGAGCACUGUGUGUACCUCUUCUGACUUUUUGUGUUUAGGUCUGACUUUGUACCAAUUUCAGUGUUUACUAUAUUUGUACUUGAUCGCAGUUUUAUGUGCACAUUAAAGUGCUCUAAAAUACAUAAAAUCA